AUGGACAAUAAACAGGAAAAUGCCGCUGGUGGUGUCUCGGCGGACCAUGUCCCGGACGAGACGCAGCCAGAUGCUCCCACUGAAGAGGCGCAGCGUGGUGUUCAGAACGUCGAGGCCGUGACUUUGACCUGGUCUAAGAAGUCCUUAAUCGCAGUUUUCAUUAAUAUUUGGUUCCUGUACCUCGUCAAUGCCUUCCAAUCGAACAUUCUCAGCAACCUACUCCCUUUCGUCACCAGUAAAUGGGAGUCCCACUCGCUGCUGAACGUCAUCUAUGUGGUCGCCGAUGCCAUGUCUGCGGCUACCUUCAUCCCGUUAGCCAAGGUCAUGGACGUCUGGGGCCGAGCCGAAGGCUUUCUAAUUAUGACCGUGUUUGCAACCCUGGGUUUGGUUCUGAUGGCCGCCUGCCAGAACCUUCCCAUGUUCUGUGCUGCAUAUGUGUUUUACAAUAUUGGCUUCGGAGGCAUGACCUAUUGCGUGGAUGUAAUCACGUCCGAUGCUUCCAAACUAAAGAAUCGAGGCUUGGCGUACGCCUUCACGUCGUCGCCCUACAUCAUCACGGCCUUCGCAGGCCCCAAGGCCGCGGACGACUUCUAUUACAAUGUUAGCUGGCGAUGGGGAUUUGGUUGCUUUACCAUCAUCUUCCCGAUAGUUGCGGCCCCUCUGUACUGUCUGUUGAAGUGGCACGUUCGCAAAGCCGACAAGCAGGGCCUGUUGGCCAAGGAGAGCAGUGGGAGGUCAUUUUUACAAAAUAUUUGGCAUUGGACCAAGGAGUUCGAUCUAUUCGGCGUUCUCGUGUUCUCUGCCGGCCUCAUCGUGUUCCUCCUCCCCUUCGAGAUUGCCAGUGAGGCCCCCAACGGUUGGGGAACUGGAUACAUCAUCGCCAUGAUUGUGGUUGGCUGCGUCGUACUCAUCAUCUUCAUUCUGCACGAAACGUUCGUGGCCCCGGUCCCUAUGCUCAACUUCAGCUUCAUCACCGACCGCACAGUCAUUGGCGCGUGUCUGUUGGACGCUACAUACCAACUGUCCUACUACUGCUGGGCAAACUACUACACCUCCUUCCUGCAGGUCGUCAACGACCUGACCCUCGCUCAAUCGGGCUACGUCAUGAACACUUUCGACGUAGUCUCAGGCGUGCUCCUACUCCUAGUCGGCUACCUAAUCCGCCGCACCGGCCGCUUUAAAUGGCUCCUCUACAUCUCCGUCCCGUUAUACAUCUUCGCCCAGGGCCUAAUGAUCUACUUCCGCCGCCCCAACCAAUCCGUCGGAUACCUAGUGAUGUGCCAGAUCUUCAUCUCCAUCGGCGGCAGCAUCUUUAUCAUCAUCGAGCAGCUCGCCAUCCUUGCUGCCGUUGACCAUCAGCACGUCGCAGCGGUACUAGCACUCCUGAACGUUGUCGGCACCGUCGGCGACGCCAUCGGCGCAACCAUCUCCGGGGCCAUCUGGACAAACACCUUUAAGAAGGCACUGACCAUGUACCUUCCUAGCUCGGCCCUGUCCAACAUCGAUGCCAUCUACGAGAACCUCGACACACAGCUGGGCUACCCAGUCGGCAGUGCUACGCGGCUGGCUAUUCAGAAGGCUUAUGGCUAUGCGCAGACGCGCAUGUUGGCAGUUGGCACGGGACUUAUGGCGAUUUCGUUUGCGUGGGUACUCAUGAUCCGCAACAUCAACGUGGCCAAGGUGGAUCAGGUCAGGGGUACAGUCUUUUAG